UACAAAUCUUGGUAGAUAAUUUCUGGUAGAGUUUGACCUAUAUCAUAAACCUCCGUGCAUGAUUAAGCUGAGUGGAUGUUGUUAUAAACUAGUGUAUCAUGGUUUAUGCACUUGCAAAAAUAUAAAUCACUGCUAAUGACAUCUAAUGGUGUCCUUUAAUGCAUAGAUUCAUGUCUUUGAAGUUGGUGUGGAAGAAUUGCCCUUAAUACGGAUGCAAUUCUAUUAGUAAUUCUUGUUGCAAUAUAAGCUAGUAAAGCAUGUAUACAAUUUGUAUUUUGGUUUGGUGGAUUAAUAGAAAUUCCAAUUGUUCUCUGCUUAUUCAAUUCUUUGAGUGCAAAUCCAUUAUUCAGGUUAGAGUUGAGCAUUUUAGUAUUUUCAGCAGAAUAUCAUGCUAUGCUUUAGCUAGAACACUUAGAUUAUUCUUGCCAACUACGUACUCAACCUAAGCAACUAACUUGGUUCCUCGGGUUUAUUAUUGGAAGUCCUAAAUUGUGGUCGUGGAUAAGUCUUAUAUGUGGUGUUUCAAAUGACGUCUAAACAUUAUCUUUUCUAUUUUAUUGUCCACAUCUUAAUGUGACUAUGGGCCCCACUAAACUUUUCUUUAUUGGGUCUUGAAGCUGAUAUACUGGUAAUUAACCCUGAUUUCACCACCUUUUACAUCCAUACACUUUUAGGUACACAAAAUUAUAAAAAACUUGUGGUUUUCAAUUAUUACUUAUAAUGAAGGUCUAAUAUGUAGAAUGGUUGAUGAUAUGUUUUUAAGACAAUUGAAUGGUCUUAAAAAUGUCCAUUUCUUUCGUAGAUGGACAAAAGUUGGAUGCAUAUCACCGAUAGAUUUAGAUCAAGCGAAUAUGCGAAAGGAGUUUCAGAAUUUAUCUCUUUGGCGCAAGCCCAUGUAGUCAGCCAUGACCAAGUACGUUGUCCAUGUAAAGGCUGCUCAAAUAAUUUCUUCCUACCCAUAACCGAGGUAGAAAGAUAUUUGUUCAUUACAGGCAUUGAUCCAAACUACACAACAUGGAUAUUUCAUGGCGAAGAGGAAGCUUUAUUAUCUAGUGAUGAUGACGAUAGGCACGAUGCCGAACAUGGUGAUGAAUUCAUUGAUGAUAUUGAUGUCAUGUUAGAUGACAUCCGGGCUGGUUCACAUUUUGAUCUUCAUUCAACCGACUCAUUCAACGUUAACUCCUCUACAUCGGUCGACACUCAGUCAACCUUGUCAUUUGAGCAACUUUUGGAGGAUGCUCGUCGUCCUCUUUAUGAAAGUUGUAAGAAGUAUUCAAAGCUUUCUUUUACUGUCAAGUUGUUGCACAUAAAAACAAUAGGGGGUUGGAGUGUGAAGUCCUUCGAUAUGCUUCUUCAACUGCUAAAGUCAGGUUUUCCCAAUGCUCUCUUACCCAACUCAUAUCAGGAGUCGCGAAACUUGGAGCGGGGCCUAGGCUUUAAUUACACCAAAAUACAUGCUUGUCAGAAUGACUGCAUAAUAUUUUGGAAGGAAAAUGAAGAUAAAGAUGAGUGCCCCAAAUGUAAGGUCUCACGUUGGAUAGACGACCGAAGUAAGAAAAACGAAUUCCUCAAAAGGUUCUACGAUAUUUCCCAUUGAAGCCAAGGUUACAACGAUUGUUUAUAUCACAAAAAAACAGCAGUAGAUAUGAGAUGGCAUAGAGAAAAGCGCGUCAAUGAAGACGGUAUUCUAAGACAUCCUGCCGACUCUGAGGAGUGGAAGACAUUUGAUAAAGAGCAUGAUUGGUUUGCCGAAGAUGCUUGAAAUGUCAGGCUUGGGUUAGCUAGCGAUUGUUUCAACCCUUUUAACAAUUUGAGUAAACCUUAUAGCAUCUGGCCAAUGAUACUUGUCCCUUACAACUUGCCCUCGUGGUGUUGUAUGAAAGAUCCAUUCUUCAUCACUUCACUUCUUAUUCCUGGACCAAGAUCACCUGGAAAUGAAAUCGAUGUGUAUCUACAACCGCUAAUUGAUGAUCUCGUGGAUCUAUGGGAAAAUGGUGUAUAUACAUAUGAUGUAGUGGUAGGCCUUACAUUCCGAUUGCAUGUAGCUUUAUUAUGGACAAUCAACGAUUUUUCCGCAUAUGGAAACCUCUCCGGAUGGAGCACUAAAGGAAAAAUGGCAUGUCCAUCAUGCAAUCAACAAACUGAUUUUAUGUGGUUGACAUAUAGUCAAAAGCAUUGUUAUAUGGGUCAUCGUCGAUUCUUGCCACUAGCCCAUAUUUGGAGAAAGAAAAAAAGUCUUUUUAAUGGGAAUGAAGACCAUCGGUUCGGACCUACACCAUUGUCGAGAAAAGAGAUACUCAAUCAACUACAGAAUAUUCCAAAUGAAACGUUUGGUAAAGCUACCAAGAAAAGAAAGCGUACCACUGAGGAGCUAAAUUGGACAAAAAGAAGUAUCUUCUUUCAAUUGCCGUAUUGGUCCACUCUAAAGAUUAGACAUAAUCUUGAUGUGAUGCACAUUGAGAAGAACAUAUGUGAUAAUAUCUUAGGAACUUUGAUGACCAUUCAAGGAAAAACCAAAGAUCAUCCUAAUACAAGUCGUGACCUUUCCAACCUAAAGAUAUGGAAGGAGUUACAACUUAGACAUGAUGGAGAUAAGCUUACCAUGCCACCUGCUUGUUUUACUUUGCAUGGAACUGAGAGGUUAAGCUUCUGCAAGUGGUUGAAUGAUGUGAAAUUUCUCGAUGGCUUUGCUUUUAAUAUAUCUAGAUGUGUUAGCCUUCCUGAUUGCAAGAUUUCGGGAAUGAAAUCUCAAGAUUGUCAUAUAUUCAUGCAAAGACUACUUCCUGUAGCUAUUACAAAAUACUUACGACACGAUGUUAGAUUGGCACUUACUGAGCUCAGCACAUUUUUUAAUAAAUUGUGCACUAGAACAUGUAAGCUUGAUGUCUUGGAGCGACUUCAAGCUGAUAUCACCCUAAUUCUGUGCAAACUUGAGAUGGUAUUCCCGCCCAGGUUUUUCUAUGUAAUGGUCUACUUAGCCUACCAUUUGCCACUUGAGGCCAUGCUUGCUGGCUGGUACAAUAUAGGUGGAUGUAUCCUUUUGAGAUGUACCUUGGUAAAUUCAAGAGGUAUGUUAAGAAUAAGGCGCACCCAGAAGGUUCAAUGGCAGAAGCCUAUAUCCAUGUUGAAUGCUUGAAUUUUUGCUCCAUAUACCUCCAUGAAGUUGAGACCAGAUUCAAUCCACAAGAAAGAAAUGUUGAUGGUGGAGGGACUAAUGUACAAGAUGGACUAUAUGUGUUCCAACAAAAGGUGCGACCCAUGGGUAUGGCAACACGUCAUCAACUAGAAGAUAACCUUUUCAAGACAGCUAAGUGGUAUGUGUUUAAUAACAGCCCAUAAAUUAAAGAAUACCUCAAGUAAAUAUAUAUGAUAAUGCUGCUGUGUAGGUGUUUAAAUUAUGAUUCUUCUAACAUUUUACGAUUUUUUUUUACUGUUUUGCUAUAUUCUCACACAUUCUAAGUACUUUAUAGUGAGCACUACAACAAAGUGAGGGAAGUCCACACAAAUAACGUCGAUCGUUGCCAUGUAGCUGAAUCCCAACUUGGUUCAAGUCCAAAGUAUGUACAUACAACAAUACACUUGUUCCCAUCAGAGUUUUACACUUAUUGGUUUUUUGCAAACCUUAAUGCUUCUCCCUCUUUCCACUUGCGUAGAUCCAAGAUCUGCGUAAGAAUAAUCCCAGUGAAGUGUCUGAAGAUUUAUAUGCACUAGCGUGUGGUCCUGAACCUUGGGUUGUGUCAUACUCUGCUUGCAUCAUGAAUGGCAUAAGAUUUCAUACGAGAAACCGUGAAGAACUCCAUCGCACUCAAAAUUCUGGUGUUUUGGUUAGUGGUGAACACCAAUCAGAAAGUGUCGAGUUUUAUGGUAUUAUAAAAGACAUUUUGGCAUUACAGUAUAUGGGAUGGCGUCAUGUCUACUUAUUUGAGUGCCAAUGGUUUGACAUUGCUAAUCCCAUACGAGGGAUACGUGUGGGUGAGCAUCUUAUGAGUGUUAAUAUGUCGAGAUCAUGGUACAAGGACGAGCCUUUUGUUUUGGCAUGCCAAGCUUCACAUGUGUUUUACCUACAAAAUAUAGGCUUGGGUAGUAGUUGGUAUGCGGUGCAGAAGGUGACAAACAGAAAUGUUUAUGACGUUUCAUCGAACCCAUUAAUAAAAGACGAUGAAUCUGAUUCCAGCGAUGUUGAUGUUUACCAAGAGGACAAUGACGGAGAUGCUUAUAUACCGGUCCAAGUCGAUGAUGAUGGACUAGUGAGUCCAUUGCACAUGAUUGAUGUAGACCCCACACAUUUGGAUGCGUCCUCACUAAUUGCCCACGCGCAUCGUAGCAGCCAAGAAAUACCUUUUAUCAAUGAUGAUGAAGAGGAGAUAUGUUCAGAUGAUAGUUCCAACUCUCUUGGCAGCACAGGUGAAGAUCUCUUCACUGAUGAUGAAACAAACUCGAAUGAGGAUUAGCAGCAUAUCAGAGAGUCCCUUUAGUUUGCACUUAUUAAAUAUAUUGGUGUGGGGAAGAAACUUGGAUGAGCUGGAUGAACACUAUAUAUGUUUGUUGUCCUCUGUUAUUGCGUCUGACCUGGAUGAGCUGAAAGGCAUGAAGAAGUUUGAAGUAGCUAAUGUUGAAGGAGAUGAAGUAGCUAAUGUCUGAAGUAGUUAGCUACUGGAGGAGAUGAUUGAAGAGGUCUGAAGUAGCUAAUGUAGUCAAAGUCCAGUACUACAUGCAGUGAUCCUGCUGAACGUUUUUUUGUAUUGUAAAAUUAAUGAUGAUGGAUGACUUGUGACUGUAAUAUUUUUUGAAAUGAUUAAAUGACUGUAAUGAAGAAGUUUGUACUACGUGAAGUGAUCCUGGUUUAAUGAUUGUAAUAUUUUCUGAAAUGAUUAAAUUUUAUGAAGAUUGAUGACAUUUGGUCUAA